CCAACAACCAACAACCUCUAUCGCGUGGUCGUGCGGGAAAUCCUUCGCUGACGUUAAACAGCAUCCUUAUGCGACCUCAAUCUCCCAACAGCUGGCUUCCUCGCAUGUUCUUUGAGAACUCACCUUCUGCUCUCCGUCGGGUUUUGUCCCCAGUCUCGUGGUUCAAGUGUACGGGUGACUGUCAGAAAAUGACAGUAGAAGAGCAGAAAGCAGCUCAUGUAGUCUCAUUGUCUGCGUGUCGUGAUAAUGAAUAUGCGUACGAUGACGAUGAGACUCGUGGCACUGUGACUAAGUUUUUUAUUGAAUGCGUAUCACAAGAUCCCAAACCAUCACUGUUCACCUUGCUAACACACAUCAAGUUAGGCUUCCAUCGUGUGGAUAAAUUGAACGAGAAACGGCAGCUGCAGCUCAGGAUUGCCGACCGUCGCGCUACCGAUGUCGACGAUAGGAUGCGAGAGAAGACAAUGCCAAUCCUCCGACGCCACACAGAGGUAGUCAUCCACGACUUGGAUGAGUACAUGAGUUGUCAGAAAGCUCGCUGCACCUCAAAAGCGAGAGCCAAAUGGCAGAAUCCAGGGGUAGCUUUUUUGUUACUUUUGUUGUUGUCGUGUCUGACUAGCCCAAUAACAGUACGCCAGCCAUUACCCAUUGGUUGGUUCUUCCCUAAAAUAUCUUACUUCGUACCUAUUAACUAACCACUGGUAUGCAGGAUAUGGAUCAAGUUGUUGAUACCAUCUUCUGAGAAUUUCUGAUCUCUUGAUUUGCUUCUGCAUGGUUACCAACUUAUGUUGUAUUUGCAUUCCCUACCGUUGAUAUCCUUAUGCCAUCAUUGAUUAGGUCAAUUUCUCAGGCGGAACCGUACUAGUAGGCUACGGUCUAUCAUGACCGCCCGCUCUUUCGUGACUUUUUUCUACAGCACUCAAUUUUGCACCAAUUACUUAGCUAUUUUACUGAGACAUUCCUAUGUAUUCUACUAUCAUAUUCCAAGUGAAACGAAGCAAUUCGGU